AAACGAAAUCCCAAAGGAUGAGGAGUUAGCUCAUGUGGUAGAGCACUUCCCUCUGAUCCUUGAGGUCAGGGGUUCGAUCCUUACCCCCAACAUUAUGUUGGGAUAUUUCCUUAGCAUGCUUUGCAUGCUUUACCAGCCAAUGUGCUGGUAGUUCCUACGAGGCUAGUAGCUUUGGUAGGGGUUAGCCCUUGGGCUGACUUAAUUUCCCAAUCAAAAAAAAAAAAUAAAUAAAAUGAAAACGAAAUCCCAACUUCCAUUUCUUAACGACUAAACUCUUCUCUCUCCUCAAAUCGAUUUUUCUCAUCAAUGGCUUCUAUCGGAAUUACAUCAUAUCGAGAUCGAACGGCGGAAUUUCGAUCUUUUUCAGAAACAUUGAAGAAAAUCGGCGGCAUUUCCGCCGUCGAUUCUGCCGGAAAUCAUCCUUCAACGUCGAUUUAUUCGCCGGAAAAAACUGCGGCGUCGUUGUAUAGAUCGGAAUUCAACACUAAAGCUUCUCGAAUCGGGUUAGGUAUCCAUGAAGCUAAUCGGAAAAUCGCCCGCCUCGCCCAAUUGGAAAAAAAGUCUUCAAUGUUCAAUGAUCCUACGGUGGAAAUUCAAGAGCUAACAGCCUUGAUAAAGAGUGAUAUCACAGCACUAAAUGUAGCAGUUGUAGAUCUACAAAAUCUUCAGAGCGUUGAGACAUCUAGUAGUUAUUCUGAUGAUAAGGCCGUUCAUGCAAAUGCUAUAUGUGAUGACAUAAAAAACAGACUAAUGGCAGCUACAAAACAGUUCCAGGAAGUAUUAACCGCCAGAACACAGAAUAUCAGGGCCCACGAAACCAGGAAACAGUUAUUUUCAGCUAAUGCAUCAAGAGACAACCCGUUUCAGCACCCCACCAAACCCAUAACUGAGCCACCUCCAUGGUCAAAUUCAUCAAAUGUUUCUGCAUCUAUGGAACCCACAGUAACACCAUCAAGUGGAAUCCAGGCAGGGAGUCAACUCAGGCGGAGGAUGGGUACUGAGACUAUACCAUCCAACAACAUGGAAAUGUCUAUGCUACAGCAGGCUGCUCCUGAGCAAGUGAACUAUUCACAAAAUCGUGCCUCAGCUCUUCAGAAUGUGGAAUCUACAAUCUCAGAGUUAAGUGGAAUCUUUACUCAUCUGGCUACAAUGGUGGCACAGCAGGGGGAGCUCGCUAUUAGGAUUGAUGAUAACAUGGAAGAAUCUCGGACUAAUGUGGAAGGUGCUCACAAUGCUUUACUAAAACAUUUGACCCGUAUAUCUUCAAACAGGUCAUUGCUUAUCAAACUAUUUGCUGUUCUAAUAUUGUUCCUAGUGGUGUUCGUCUUCUUCAUCGUCUAGUAUGAGUUUCAUAACCAGGCUCGUAACAUUCUAUAUUUAGCUUCCGUUUUGAAAUACCAAUUCUUUUGGCACUUCUAAGGAUGUAUCGCAAUGUCAUGUAAAUAGAAAUAGAUAAUUGUAUUUGAUUUGAGAGAAGCAAUUCUACAGCGUAUAUAACGGAUUAAGGGCAUAUUGGAACCAAUUCCUCCUUUCUUACGAGGCUGUAUGCACUUGUUUAUGUGUUUAUAGAGUGUAUUUUUUGGUUGAUUAA